UGUCAAGCUCAAGCCCACACUCCACAUGUGUGUUAUGUCAAAGUGUUUACAAGCAACACCGCUAACCAUUUCCACUUUAUACACUUUAUUCGGUUAAAUCAAUUAGAUCAAUUACUCUCCAUGUGACACAGAAAGCUACAUGACACUCGUGAAGCUGUGGAUGUAACUGAAAAUUAACACGUGAAAUAUUGUUGAUAGAGCAAUGGCAACAUUGGAGGACAAGAUUUUGGGGGAGAAAAAUGAGUAUUAUUGCAGUUCGAGUGAGGAAGAGGGUAAUGAGUCUGGGGAUUCUGAUAAAGAGGAGGAGGCUGUUUGUGCCAAGGAGGAACCCAGUCGGACUGUUGAGUUGGAUCAAUGGGAUGGUACCUCCAGUAAUACUGGACCUAAGGGGGUCAUUAGGGAUUGGCAAAGAUUCAAACAGCUUGAAGCUGAAAAACGCAAAGAGCAGGAGCGAGAGCGCGUGGAAUUGAUGAAAAAACUGACCCUCACCUGCAGAAGUACUUUAGACGACGAUAAAGAUAAACUCCAGGAGAAUGACCCCGAGCUAGCUGAGCUCCUAGAAGACGACUUCCUCCUGGAGUACCAACGACAGAGGAUGAAGGAAAUGCUAGCUCAAGCCACUAAGCUCCGAUUCGGAGAACUAAUAAACCUAGCGAAUGGCGACGACUUCCUGAAAGCAAUUGAUGAUGAGGACAAGGCCGUCACUGUUGUCGUUCAUAUCUACGAGAAAAAGGCACCUGGAUGUGAUGCCAUGAAUGGAUGCUUGAUUACCUUAGCUCAGGAAUAUUCUUACGUCAAAUUUUGUAAAAUUCUUGGUUCCGCAGCAGGCCUCAGUAAACACUUCAAAAAAUCCGGAGUUCCAGCCCUCCUGAUCUACAAAAAUGGUCAAGUAAUCGGCAAUUUUGUACGUGUGACUGAAAAUCUGGGGACUGAUUUCUACGCGUCAGACGUCGAAGGCUUUCUCCUCGAGCAUGGAAUUAUAAACGAUAAGAAUAACGUUCCCAAGAUCAUCGCCGGCUCCAACGAUAAUGACGACAGUGAUUAACUCGACAAUACUCGAACAUUUCGAUCUCAAGGGGUUACCUGAUUCAUUAUCCACGACAAAAUAUCAAAGGGAAAAUAUCCCCCAGAAAUAUUUUACCAGCAAAAUCUUCGAUAUUGAUUCUGCUGUGGGUAUUUCUUACAGAUUAGCUUUUGAAAGCUUAAAGUCUGAAGUGGUCCAUGUUCAAGCUCAAAAUUCACUGGAAUUUCACUGAAAUUUGAUUGAAAUCGAUUUAGAUGGAAAAAUUAUGAAAUUUGAGAUUUCAGUAAUAAUCCAAUGAAAAUUUAGUGUUGAGCAGCAGGAAGACGAGCAAUUGAUUAAAAAUUUAAGCAAUUCUACAAAUUGCUUACAUUUUGAAGCAAUCCAUGAGUAUUCAGUACCACAUUAUACUGAAUUUCCGAUCAAUUGAUAAUUCAAAAAUAUAUUUACCUGAAUCUUCCUGAUUUCUAUUAACUUUUAUUGUGUAACUGAGCGGAAAUUGACAGUUUUCAUUGAUUCUUCCAUAAAAUUCUAUAUUUUCAAUGACUAAAAUCGUUGAUA